CCUUCGCCGUCGUCUUCAAAGGCAGGCACAAAGAGAAACCUGAGCUGGAAGUAGCUGUGAAAUGCAUUAACAAGAAGAACCUUGCAAAAUCUCAAACUCUGCUGGGCAAGGAAAUAAAAAUACUUAAGGAACUGAAACAUGAAAACAUCGUUGCCUUGUAUGACUUCCAGGAACUGGCAAACUCGGUCUACUUGGUUAUGGAGUACUGUAAUGGUGGUGAUCUGGCGGACUAUCUUCACACUAUGCGGACACUUAGCGAAGACACCAUCAGGCUCUUUCUCCAGCAGAUAGCAGGUGCCAUGAAAAUGCUGCACAGCAAAGGCAUCAUCCAUCGGGACCUGAAACCACAGAAUAUCCUCCUUUCCUACGCUGGAGGCAGGAAAUCAAAUCCCAACAACAUUCGCAUAAAGAUCGCUGACUUUGGGUUUGCCCGAUACCUGCAGAAUAAUAUGAUGGCAGCAACACUGUGUGGUUCACCAAUGUACAUGGCACCAGAAGUCAUUAUGUCUCAACACUACGAUGCCAAAGCUGACCUCUGGAGUAUAGGAACCAUCAUUUAUCAAUGUCUGACAGGAAAGGCUCCUUUUCAGGCCAGCAGCCCACAGGAUCUUCGCCUCUUCUAUGAGAAAAACAAGAUGCUGAUGCCCAACAUCCCCAGGGAGACAUCCAGCCACCUGAGGCAGCUGUUGCUGGGCCUUUUGCAGCGCAAUCAUAAGGACCGCAUGGACUUCGAUGAGUUUUUCCAUCACCCAUUCUUGGAUGCAAGUGCCUCAAUGAAAAAAUCUGCUUCUGUGCCAAUGCCUUCUUAUCCCAGUUCAGGCUCCGGUAGUUCCUCCAGCAGCUCUUCUACUUCCCACUUGGCGUCACCUCCCCAGUCCCUUGGAGAGAUGCAGCAGCAGCUGCAGGAGAAGGCGCUGGCAUCUCCUACCCAGGAUUCCCCCGGCUUUCUGCAUGGAUCUAAGGACUCUGCUGGAAGCAGCAGUAAGAAUUCAUCUUGUGACACAGACGACUUCGUUAUGGUCCCAGCACAGUUCUCAAGUGAUUUAACUGCUGAGGCUGCAGGAGGGAAACCAAUCCAAGACAGCCUGAUGUAUAGCGGGAGUUCUCUGGUGACUUCAGCAGGCUUGGAAAGCCAGGGAAGGACACCAUCUCCUUCACCCCCAUACAGCAGUUCUCCGAGCCCAUCCAGCCGGCCAGGGCAGUUUUCCAGCAGCAAGUACGGACACUCCGUGCCCAUUCCAGUCCCAACACAGAUUCACAACUACCGGCGGAUCGAGCAGAACCUGCAGUCUCCCAAUCAAUACGCCUCUCCACGGUCUGGUACGGUCCGGAGGUCCAGCAGUACAAGUCCUCUUGGUUUUCCUAAAACUGGUGCUUCCCCUCCUUAUCCUGGAGAGCAUGGAUCUGUGCCCAGCUCUAGAAAGCUCUCCUUUGGCGGUGCCAAGCCAUUUAUGCCAUCACCGCAAGUUGGAACAAUCCCAGAGCAGCCCAGCCAGACUGUUAUCCCGUCUUCUCUUGGAGCAGAUGUGAGAAGCCGGAUUCCUGCUCCAGGUUCCUCAGCACCUGAACACUCAUCUCGAGGGAUGGGCUCCCGGCUCCACAGUGCUCCCAACCUGUCGGAUUUGCCUUCCUGCAGGCAGAAGAUAACCAAGGAGCACUCUAAGCUCUCUGAUCCUCUUGUUUCUCACUUUGGUCAUACCCCAGUCUCCCAGCCUCUGCAGAUUCAUGGCUUGCAGCACUGCCGGCAGCUCAGGUCCUCACCAAAGCUGUCCGAGUUCAUGCAGAGAAGCCCUUUGCCAACCAUAGUGGGCUCCCCUACAAAGGCUGUGUCCCCAUUUGAGUUUCCCAAAACCCCAAGUUCCCAGAAUCUCCUCACCCUCUUGGCCCACCAGGGUGUCAUGAUGACUCCAACACGGAAUAAGACCUUGCCAGAUCUGAAGGAGAUGGGUCAUUUCCACUGCCAACAAACUGGCUUGGGAUUGAGGCCUGUGGAAGAGAUCAAGGGCAGAUCCCUGAGCACAGGCAGGCUCACUGACCUGCUUCUGAAGGCAGCCUUUGGGGCACAGGUCUCAGAAGCUGGCAGCAACGACAGCCUGAACAAUGAGAAGCCAAUGGAAAUUGCAGCUCCCUCAGGUGCUUACGGAGGGACCCUGCACUCUGGUGCCCGGGCUGGGGGCUCUGCCAGCCCAUCCCCAGUGAUUUUUACUGUUGGAUCCCCUCCCAGUGGAACAACCCCCCCACAGACCACGAGGACCAGGAUGUUUUCAGUGGGGUCUUCCAGCUCUCUCAGUUCUGGAGGCUCAUUCACCGGCAGGCACUUGGCAGUGGGAGCUGGUGGGGAUGCUGUGGAAGGCCCCUCAAGUCUCCGGUACGCUUUUGCUGAUCCGAUCACGGCCAACCUGGAAGGUGCUGUCACAUUUGAGGCACCAGAGUUGCCCGAAGAGACGCUCAUGGAGCAAGAGCACACUGACAUCCUGCGCAGCCUCCGCUUCACGCUGGCUUUUGUCCACUACGUGAUGGAAAUUGCUGCCCUUAAAGGCAGCUCCAGCGAGAUGAGCAGCUCAGUGACAGCCGAGUACCAGCUCCAGGAGAGCGUGGUGGCCGACCAGAUCAGCCUGCUCAGCCGGGAGUGGAGCUAUGCAGAGCAGCUGGUGCUGUACCUGAAAGUAGCAGAGCUUCUGUCCUCGGGGCUGCAGAUGGCCAUAGAGCAGAUCAAAGCUGGCAAGCUGUGCCUCUCCUCCACUGUCAAGCAAGUUGUGAAGAAGCUGAAUGAGCUUUACAAAUCCAGUGUCUCAUCCUGCCACUGCCUCAACGUCAGACUCCAGAGGUUCUUCUUGGACAAACAGAAACUCAUGGAUCGGAUCAACAGCAUCACUGCAGAGAAGCUCAUCUUCAGCUACGCUGUGCAAAUGGUACAGUCUGCAGCCCUGGAUGAGAUGUUCCACCACAGAGAGGACUGCGCACAGAGGUACCACAAGGCUCUGCUGCUCAUGGAGGGGCUCCUGAACAUCAUCACUGAACAGGGGGACAUAGAAAACAUCAACAAAUGUAAGCUGUGCAUCGAGCGCAGGCUGUCGGCGCUGCUGUCGGGGUUCUGUGCCUGAUGUCAGGGUUGCUGUUCUUCACGCCCCAGCUGAUGGCUUUGUUUCCAGCGGCCUGCUGCUGCGGUGGGACGCGAUUCCGGCAGCAGGAGCCCUGGAGGAUGAACUGCUCAGUGUUCCGUAUUCCGACGCUUUGGGAAGUUGUUCCACGGACUCGGAUUCCUUUGUGGGGAUGUGUGACUGCAGCAAGCACAAAUACUUCCCUGCCCAAAGGCCUGGGCGAAGGUGUAGCCGAUGUGGAAAGGUUUCCCUCAUCGGCAGAGGGGUUGAAGGAUAGGAAUCUGCUUCUUCCCAGCACUUUGAAGGAUAAGACUGCUGCCUAUCCCUCUUGCUUAACAACAGGGUAUUCCAGUGCUGUGUCCAUUGCAGGCAAUGGAUGUGCUGAAACUGCUGGCUUCAGUUAACGUUGGAGGGUGUCAUUCAGAAAUCAAGGCCAGUUUGUGUACUUCCCCCUACCUAGCUGAGAGCCAGGCAUCUUCAAGCUUCCUGGCA